AUGGGUACAUUGAAGUUUUUGUUCCUGCUCAUUUUGAUUCGUAAUAUACAAACGAACGAGGAAAGCGACGAGCCGAUUCUGUAUUACUACGGUCUCGAAGAGAGCGAACGUAGUUUGCCAACAUGUUCGGCUCAACAAGCGUGUUCCGCGCUUGUGCAACGCUACUGGCGCCGCUCUGCGCUUGUCCGGCUGUGUCGCUGCGGCCAAAAACUACGCUGCGACGAGCUCGCGCCACCGGAACGUCGCAUAGAACUUAACAACCGCGAUCAUCUACAGUUUUGUCAGCCGGUAACACAAUGGCGAGAGUGUUCGGUUAACGAGAUCCCUCUAGCAGUUGAAACGGCAUACGACCGAAUGAAUCCAGACGAAUUGGAAGAGCUACACCACGAGAACAUACAACUAACACCGCCAAGAAUUACCCUCGAAUGCCGAUGCCGCAGCCCGAAUUACUGGAGACUUAACAGGGACAGCACUGGCAAUGAUGACGUCACAACGUAUCAAUGCACCUCUCUCCCGCUGUGCAAAAGUGGUGACUUUUGCGGGAAUGUAAACGACAACCACCUUUCUCUAUAUCAAUCCUGUUUGUGCCCUAGGAACCAUAUUUGCGUGCACAACGGAGGUAUUUCGCACAUACAAAUAUCGGAGUUGUUGUAUCGGGGAAAGGGUUGGAGAGCUUAUUGCCAACCCGUCAGUGACGAUUACCUAGACGAUGAUUAUUGAUUUUUUGUGAAACAUUUGCAUGUAAACCAAUGUAACUAGGCUUACCUUAAAGUUUAA